UCUUACAUAUUCAGUCUCUAAUCUGCUUUUGGAUAGAACAAGAGCCGUAUCAAAAUUUUUCGGUAACCUUCUAUGGGUUCCAAAAUGACUUUCCUGUAUCUGAUAUUUAUGGUACUAUCUCAUUGAUCAUCGUUUUUCUUGUUGAAAUUUGUUCAAUCAUAGCUAAGUUGUUCCCUUUUAAGCAGUUGGUUUCUCUUUUCACUCAUCAGAUUGUGGUUACCAUAUGAAUUUUCUUACUACAGAAGGAAUUGAUUAGUAGUUACAGCCAUGGGUUCUAGGAAUGCAUCAGAAUUGAAUCUAAUCAGCGAUGAUGAUGUCAUGAUUGACAUAUUACAAAGGCUACCGUUGAAGACUUUGAUGAGAUGCAAGUGUGUCUGCAAAUGGUGGAAUAACCUCAUCUCAGACCCUACUUUCAAGUCCAGUUAUUCACGAAGAAACCCCCAGUACUAUGUCUCAGGAUUCUUCCUGCAGAAAUUCUUGUUUCUUGAGCUGCACUCAAAAUUGUUAUUCUUUCCAUGUGAAGGACAUAUUGAUGCUGCUCCGGAGCCAUCUCUCUCUUUCAUUGAGGACGAUAAAGGUGUUCGUAUACAGCAUUCCUGCAAUGGGCUUCUCCUAUGCAGCAGCUUCCGUUGCCUAGAAAAAGAUCGCCAAUUCUACAUCUGUAAACCUACUACAAAGCAGUAUCUUCGCCUGCCUUAUCCGGUAUGCAGAAUUGUAUUCGGCAGUAACAUUGCAUAUGAUCCUAGCAAGUCACCUCAUUACAAGAUUGUCUGCAUUUGUGAUUCCUAUUUGUCAGAAAAUCAUCGCCAGAUAAAGAUAUUCAGUCCAUUCACAGGCUCAUGGAAAGUCUCAGGGAAUCCAUUCUCUGUUUUAGAUGAAGUAAUGUUGUUUAACAGAGGAAUCUUCUUCAAUGGUAUGUUACAUUGGGUCGGCAGGGGAAAUCUGGCGCUUCGAUUCGACGUGGAAAGAGAAGUUAUGCUGACAAUGCCGAUGCCUCCUAUUCAAGAGGGAUGGACAGAACGGAGGGUGAGGUAUUUUGGUGAAUCAGGAGGCCUUUUAUUUCUAAUUGAGACCUAUGGUCCUCUUACUGCUGGAAUUGAUGUGAAGGAGAUGAAAUCCGACUAUUCUGGUUGGUUUGUCAAGUACCAUCUCAAUCUUGAUACGGUAGCAUUCCAUAGUCCAGGAAUAAGAAUAAAUUACACGUUAGCUAUAUUACAUAUUGCUCACCAGCGUGUAGGGGAUGAAGAUGAGUCAUUCAUGGUGAUACAUGUUCCAGGUGACUUUGUCAGUUUUAAACUUAAAGAUAACACUUUGAUGGAGCUCCGGACAAGCAAUCAAGUGAACAAGGCUCUGGGGUUGUGGUAUUCAUGGGAAGGAGUGUAUCCUUAUUCGAACACUUACUGUUAUCUGUGAGCCUCUAAUUUUGUUUCUAGUUCACGUUCCAUUUUCAAAUAAGAACUCUCCUUUUUACAUUUC